GUAACAGUCAUCAACACAGAAUUGCCAGUAUUGAUUUUAUGGCACAAUAUGCGUCUAAACUGUUGUCCCAGCAAAAAGAUCGUUUAGCAUCAGACUCAGAGCCAGGCGAUGAAGCAGGUAAUAGCAGUGUUAUUGAAGACGUAGGUGAGCACUCUGAGCGCCUAGGCUCAUCAGGUGACAGUAGUCCUAUAGCCACACCCACAAUACUACCAACAGGGAAUGGUGGAGAAGCAGAAGGAGAUAAAACAGAAGAGGGAGAGACCCCAGCAGGAGGAGGUGGAGGAGGAGAGAACAAUAACAGUAGCGAGACGGGGAACUCUACGGCAGAUGAAAGAAUCGGAAAGGAUGGACAGAAAUAUACUAAACCGCCUUUCUCUUACGCGCAGUUGAUUGUUCAGGCCUUGUUGGCCAGCUCUGACAGAAAACAGACCUUGAGUAACAUAUACCAGUUCAUUUCUGAUAAGUAUCCUUAUUACCGGCUUGAAGAUAAGGGAUGGAAGAAUUCAAUACGUCACAACUUGUCUCUUAAUCAAUAUUUUAUGAAAGCCCCAAGAGAGAGGGAGGGGCUAGGGUUCGGUAAAGGUGGCUACUGGUGCAUGCAUCCUGACUAUGAGGACAAGCUAACCUCACAAGCUUAUGUUAAAAGAAAGAAGAAAGGUAUACCUGUCUUUCCUACAGCAAGCUUAAUGUCCAG